UUCCGCUUCCGGGUGGGAGGAGAAGGGUCGCCAUGGCGAGCAACGCUGCCAGUCUCAACGCGGUGCGCGAGACCAUGGACGUUCUGUUUGAGAUUUCAAGGAUAUUAAACACUGGCUUGGAUAUGGAGACGUUGUCUAUUUGUGUGCGGCUUUGCGAACAGGGGAUAAAUCCAGAAGCAUUAUCAUCUGUUAUUAAAGAACUGCGUAAGGCUACAGAAGCUCUAAAAGUCGCUGAAAAUAUGACAGGCUGACAUGAGAAGAGAUUUCUGCAUGAGAAGAAUGCCAGGUCAAAGUUAACAGAGGCUUGAGGAUUGUCACUGUUCAGGAAAUUAGUAGAAUAAGUGUGUGUGCGUGAGAAGGUUUCAGAAUAUUUUUAGCUUCUUGUAAAGGAUGAUGUAUAGUAUAACUUUGAAAAGUUUUUUAAAGAGAAGUUCAUGUGUAAUCUCAUUGCUUGUUUUUUGUGAUAUUUGUAAAUACAGUGCAAUUGCUUGUACGUUUGCUGAACUUGCUAGUGUGUAGCAACAAAUACUGCUUAAUUAGUAUAGCUUAUUAAUGCAUCCUUUUGAAGUGCUAAUAUAUCUUGGGUUUUAUCUCUUGCUUAGAGGAAAAACUGCAUGUACAAUUUUAGUUUCAUUUUAUGGAUCAGAUAGGAAUGAAGCCCAUACUGACUUUAUUUCAAUUAGGAUGAGAGUAGUGACUUAAGUCUUAACCUGAAAGUGAGAAAUAAAGCACUUUUGAUAAUAUAGGUAAUGAAUAGUCCUUUUGAUUUGGAUUGCUGGGGAAAGCACUGUGGGUUAUCUUCUGGGGCUUUUUUUGUUUGUUUGUUUUUAUCUUGGGAUAGCAAAGGAACUUCAGUUACCCAUGCAGAAAUGUAUGCAAAUUCAAAUGCUAGAUUACAUGGAAUAUUUUAGGGAGUUCAGAUGAUACAUUUGUUAUACUUGUUCUGGCUACUAGACCUAAAAAUAUUACAGCCAUAUUGCUACUGCCUAGUCAAAGCAUACAUAAGAAACAUCAGAUUUGGUUGCUGGGAAUCAGUGAGUCUUCAACAGUCAUUUGGUAUAAGAAUGUCUUCUCAUUCAGCACUAGGAAUCUUCACUGAUGCUGAAACAAGUGUUUAUAAGUAACUGUUGUACAGUAAACUGUUUUAUUGUCUUACUUACCAGUAAAUAUCCAAAAGUUCUUCUUCAUGAGAAAA